AAAUCGAACAUAGUAGAGGCAUUCACUUGUCUUAUCAGUUGACUGGUCGUAGGUAUGUCGUCAGUCAAUGGGUGAUCUUCAUCUAAACCAUCUCGUAUUUGAGGCACCACAAUCCUUCAGGAUGAACUCCAUUCUUGAAGUGACUGAAACCCAGCGCGUGGUUCAACUUGGCUAUUGAUGCGACAGGGGACGGAACCGACUCUGCACUGUAUUUACCUGCGUUAUUGAGGCAGGAAAUGCAGUGCCUGGAUGUGAUGUGAUGUUUGCAGUGGAGGGCAGGGAUAUUUGUCGUAUGGUCGCGCACAUGCACCACAUUGACGUGAAUGCCGUCCUUCUAUGACACCUGGGUAGGCCAUAGGGCUGAAUGUUUGAUGAAGUCCGCUCUUUUUCGCUUAAUAAAGAUCGUGACGUGCAUGGCUAUACUUUUCCCUGUAUAAGGCCCAGAGUUGAGCCUCAAAUUGACUCCUCAGCCAAGCCUGGGCGCAAACAACCCCGCCCCCGCCAUCCUCAUCUGAAGCUCACUUCGCUUCAUCAUAACAUCUCAUCAACAACAUCACCCAUCAUAGCUCCAUCAUACAGACUCACUCUCAGCCCCCCGAGCUCACACGUUAUGUCUAAAGAUCUCGAUAAGUCCCUACUUGACCGCCUAAAUGCCCUUAGGGGCAACAGCGCAGGUCAAGAGAAGCCAGUAUCAACAGAGAUCAAGGUUGAUCUCAUUGAGCGCAAAAAGGAACCAACUCGAGAUGAUACACUAGCCGCUCGUCUCAAGUCCCUACGAGACCGUGGCGAUGAACCUUCACCAGCACCAGCAACAGCACCAAAGACAACCCAACCACCAUCAAGGCCAACACCCCAACCAGAAAGGAUAACAAAGAAGGAAUCUACCAAACUCGAAGAUGAAGAAGACGAUUCCAUCUUCCAAACAGACGAUCAAACUCUAGAAGAGCUACUCGGCGAUGUGCAACCCGAAGAAGGCUUUAACCCUGAACCAGACGAUGCACAAGUCAAAGCACUUCUAGAACAACUCGCGGACUCAAUACCAAAGGAUACAGAAAACGAGAAAGAUAAGAAGGACGAUGAUUCGGAUGAUUCAGAUGAUUCAGAUGGCGAAGCUAUGAACAAAGAUGUCGAUGAAGUCAUCGCCCGCUUCCGCGACGAAGCAGAAGUCGAAGCAGCCCUCGCAAAGACCAAAACUCCCGAUCCGGAAUCUGAGUCUGAGCCCGAACAAACAACUUCUAAAACAGAAGAUAUCGCUCUUCCGGACGUUCCUUCAGAUCUCGCCGAAAUUCCUUCCUCAAAGCGCGCUGGAAGUGCUGAUAUAGAUGACAUAACCGCCCGCCUCGCUGCUCUACGCGCACCAUCUCCCGAUGAAGAUUCCCUCGCCCUUCCGUCGGUACCUACGUCCAAACCUUCAGGCCAACCGGUGAAUCGUCUAACCUCACGGACGAACUACACCGAUGACGAUGUGGAGAGUUGGUGUACCGUUUGUCUAGAAGACGCAACGGUGCGAUGUCCAGGCUGUGACGAUGACGUUUACUGUACACGAUGCUGGUACGAGAUGCAUCGGGGACCACAAGCUGGCUUCGACGAGAGGAGUCACAAGGCUGUACAAUUCACCAAAGAUAAGAAGGAGAAGGAAAAGAAGAAGAAAGUAGCGUUGGGAGCAUAAACCAUUUCAAUUUCAAGCUAGACCUCACCACCAUUUGCCAUUCCUUGCGUGUUAAAAACAGAUACCCAAAUAUUGCGAAACUAAACUCCGAACCACCGUGUUGCCGUGCCAAAAUCAAGAUGCCCGCAUCAAUCUGAACUCACUCAUACUAUUUUAUAUGUGAACUUCAAGCAGCGGAUUGUGAGCCGUUGCCGUUAUUGGCAGACUCGUUUCCUGAGCUGCUGGGCUUUCCUCGUACAUCCUGCCAUGUCGCGCCGAAUCGUCGGCCUGUAGAGGCAAGGAGGCUUUCUUCCUCAUCAGCCUCGGCUUCUUCGUCGAUCUGAGAAAGGUUGAGCUUGGGGGUGCGGAAGAGAGCUGUGACAAAGACGAUGAGGAAAACACCGAGGAAGGCGAAUUGAGCCCAGAAGUCAACCAGACCGAAGAAGGGCCAUGUGAUUGUGAUGCGGUUGAGGAAUGUUGACAUGACCGAUGGUGUGCAGACGUCCUUGGCGUGCUUGUACUUCAGUGCUUCGGAGCAAGCAUGGAUCAUGUCCUUGUGGUUUCGGCAGUCUGGCUGAUCUCCAGGAUGUUCAGGCUCGUUGGCGCAGAAUGUCUGGGUGCCGUAGGUAGAAUACUGAGGAGCAACCAACAUAGCGAUACCAUAGUUGGUGGCCAAGAUUAUCAGACCCAACAUGACAGUCGCAAUGAGGAGAGCCUGAGGAGCAGUUCUACCCUUGCGGAUAUGGAAGAUACGGACCCAGAGGAAGCGAAUGCCCACAGUGGCAAUGCCAGAGAUGGAGCUGCUGAAGAAGAAGAGCACCAGAAGAGCCAUGAGGAUGUAGUCGACGGGGAAGGCCUUGGCGGACUUGACGAAGAUGAAGUUCAUGGGCUGGAAGACGUGAAUCUGGCCAAGAAUGUAACCACACUUUUGCUUGCAAACCGAGUUCUUGGCCUUGUCAAUGCCAGUGAUGAGCAUCGAUACGAAGAUGACGAGGGACAGAAGGAGGAGAAAGAGUCCACCGAGGAGCUUGAUAGGGCGGAAGACGGCGCAGACCUUAAGCCAAGCUUGGUAAAUUCGGCUGCGACCUUCACCCUGAGCUUCGGCCGCGAGUCUCUCGCGUCGUACGAGAGUCUGCUCUUCCCUAACCAGAGCAUCGAGCUCGCGCUGAUCCUUUCGAGACAUGCCCUCUUGUCGGCCAGCAUUGCGCAUCUCGAUCUGUCGCUGGCGUUCGCGGUUCUGUUCAAGCUGGGAAGCAGUUGUCUGAUGUAGCUGAGGAGCCGAGAUUGAAGGUGCCGCCUUGAUGAACGAGAUUGGGAGAAGAGCAAGGCCGGCGCCGGUGUAGACAACGUAAAGCAGUGUGCCGAGGGUGAGCAGAAGACCCAAUGCAAAUGUCAGCGCCUUUUCGCCAUGGUUCUGAGCAACGAGCUUCUUGAAAUAGUCGAGAUCCCAGUGCGACUGAGAGCUAUCGCCGGCGGCGGGGACGAAGAAACCAAGUAAGAACAGAACGACGACGAAUGCGACGAAGAACAGGGUGUACUUGGCAGCGGCCAAGAAGCGGCUGCUCAAGGUUCGGCCCUCCUCUUCAACCUCGAUCUCGUCAUACUCCUCAUGCCAGAAGUAGGCGAAGGGGAUAACGAUCAAACAGAGGAGAGCAUCGAAGCUGUAUAGACUGUAGUAGACGACCUUGAGAGUGUAGAGGAUACUGUCGAUGCGUUCGGGAGUAGCCCAGUCCUUCUUCGCACCCAGUGUUGCAGAGGCAGUCGCAGAGACGAGAGCAAUGUCGACAGGGAGUAGUAGAACCGUAGCGAGUAGAGAGGUCAAGCUGAUGAUGGCGACAAUGCUGACAACGGCGGAACGUUCGCGGGGUGUUUGCCAGGUAAAUGUUGUGAUGAUAGCUGCUGCGAAACAGAGGACGACAGCGACGGCAUAAGCGACCCAGAUCAAACUGGUCUGGACGAGGCCUGCGUGGGCCAUUUUGGAUAAAAUAGAAAGACGGUUGUUGCAGAUGAUGAUCAACAAGCAAGUCGAAGUGAAUCCGCUAGACCAGGUCGCGACGUGGCUUGGGGAUGUUUUCUUUUUAAAGUAGCAGAUCUCGGGGAUUUUGAAGGGAGAUCAAUCGAUCUCAAACCAAGGGUGACGUCGCUAAUGAGUCGAUCUGUGUAGCAACGUGAUUAACUUUGAUC